AUGUCAUCAUCAGACCCUCCUCGUGGGGGUAAUCAACCAUAUAGAAACAACAUACGAGACGAACGAAGGAGGCGCUUUGAACAAGGAAACGGUUCCAAUCCGUACUCUUCCAGACGACCAGAUGUUCAGCCCCAGCAAGACUCGCGCUACCCACCUCAUAGAUAUAGCGGCUCGGGCAGAGGAUCUUCCGGUGACUACUCCAGAAGACCCAGUUCAGGCUACCGUGGUGGGAGAGGCGGUUAUUACGGACCCCACCAAUCGCGCUACAAUGACUCUCGCGAUGACCACUAUGAGCGCGAUCACAUACCGAAGGCCCCGCAGAACGAUUCGCAAUACAGGAACAAUUCGGAGACGGGCUCGGGUUAUAAUCGCAGGCCAUACAGCGGUAACAACAGCUACAGAUCUUCCUAUGACGACCAGACUUCGAAUCGAUCUGGGAAUGAUUUGAUUGGGGGCCCAGUGAAUCACAGGAGCGGCGACAUCAUUUCCUCUAACAAAGAACCUAGGGAGUACAGAAACUCGCGGGAUUACCGUGAGAGGGAGCAUUCAGGUUCGUUCAACAGAUCCAGGAACUCUUCUGAUAGUCGCUUCUAUCCUCGCCAGCCAUAUGGUGAUGAAUCUGGGAGCUACUCGUAUGGAUACCAACAAAAGGAUCGGGGAUCUUCCGACAGAGGAUCAACUGAUAAAUUAAACUCCUACAGAAUACCCCCAAGGACUCAAUCUUUCAACUCCAAUCCUGUGGAGCACCUCAAGAAAGAGGAUAAUCACAGGUAUAAGUCUGUAUCUCCAAGCUCGCCCCAUGUAUCCAAAGAGGGAACGCCGAACCACGAAUCCUUUCCACAGGUAAAGGUGAAAUCUGAGGAGAGGGAAUCAACAAACUCCAAUGGAGAUUUGAUGCGGGAACAGGACCAAGGUCUUGAAGAGCAUGUUGAGCAUGCUGAGCGUGCUGAACCUGCGGAGCCUUUCCAGGAACCUGAUUCUGAGAAGCCAUUGAAAACUGAAGCCGAAACACUCACCCAAAUGGUUGAUACCGUUGAGUCUGAAUCAAAACCUGAAAAGAGCAUCAAUAACUCUGAGCCUUCUUGGCCAUCUGAGGAAUUGAAGACACCGACAGCGGUGCAGCAGCCGCAAAUAGACACGGCUUCUAGUCUCCCCGAGAAUGAAGACGUGAGCAUGAAGGAUGCCGAUUCUGAAGCAAGCUUAAAAGAUGAAAUACCCGAAGAAACAGUUGCACCUGUACCCUUGGAGCCUCACGAUAUAGAGUUGGAUACUGAGAUUACUGAAAAAUCAGAUCAACUGCACGAACGAGCUCAACUAACUGAGACUGAGCCUGAGCCUGAAUCUACACUGGUGGUUACUGCAACAGUUUUACCAGAUACCAAGGUUGAGGAAGCAACUGAAACAUUUAUUUCUCCUCCUACAAAAGAGCUCGAGCAGACGGUCAAGCCAUCUGAAACUCAUGUCAAGACGGAAGAAGUUGUCGCACAAGUAAAUGGAUGCAUCUUCCCGUUGAACAGAGUCGAGAGCAAGGUGUGGGACUUGAAACAUUCAAAUCAUGCCGAGCUAACACGAAACCUCAAGUACCUUAGGAAGAACGAUCCGAUCAAGGAUUUCUCCACUUACAGCUUCUACAAUAGCAAUUUGUUGGUGUUUAAACAGGCCGAUGGCCCAAAGAUCUUCAACAGACUUUCUCAGCUUAAGAGGCUCUUAGCGCAUAAGAAUAAGAUGUUGCUUGCUGAGUAUUUGUUACGUGGAAAGCUUUGGAGGGAAAACUGCAAGACUAGAGAGGCCCAGAUCCAAUCUUUCCGCCCAUCAAUGACUGAAACUGGUGACCCAUCUCAAAAACAAUCAGAGGCACCGACUCCAGGAGGUGACAGAGGUGGUCGUCGCAGCAGACACCACGGUGAUUCCGUUCGUACAGAAGCUGAGUUUUUGGAAAUUCUGGAAUCACUGGAGCGGGAAAGUGAAAGAGACCCCAUAAUGCGUGCUCAGCAUGGUGCUGCUGCUAUUCCAGACCUUUUGACAAAUCCUGUUGAAAGGUAUGCCAUAAGGUUCAUUGAUACAGACAAUCUGAUAUUGAACAAGAAUGACUUUGCCAAUAGAAUCGAGACGGACCCUAUCGACACGUUCACUGAGGAGGAGCAUGAGAAGUUCUGCGAAGCGUAUUCGAUGUGGCCAAAGAAAUUCGGUCGUGUUUCGCAGUUUAUGGGUGGUUUGAGAACACCUGAGGAAUGUGUUUUGCAUUACUACAAAACUAAGAAGACCACGAAUUACAAACAAUUGGUUGCUAGCAGAAACAGAAGGUCUACGCGGAAGGCGACUGCAAACCGUCGGAAAGCCUCUGAGAAACCAAAAGUUGCCAAUGGUAUUCAUGUUGGCACUCCUGAAUUAACGGACACGGCGGAACCUUCUGGCUCUAACUUUGAUUCGCCAGAACCUGAGAUCGAAUACACAGAUACCGGCAGAAGGAAGAGGGCAGCUGCUCCAGUAUUUUCAGGCAACAACUCCGCGUUGCCAGGUGUUCCAAAUGAGAAGCUUAGAAGAAAAGAGGAAAUAGAUGAAAAUGGCAAGAAGAAAUCUCGUGUUCCAAAACGCAGAUCUGAGGAGGUUGAAACGGAUUCCGUUCAUGAUGGAAAUGAUACAGACCCUAAUAAUCCUUCCAACAGUAAGAAACCCCACAUUUCAAGCUAUUGGUCAGUCCACGAGAUCAACAUGUUUCCCAAAUUAGUGGAGACAUACGGAACUGAUUGGGAGCAAAUCUCAAAAGCCCUUGGUUCCAAAUCUGCUGUCAUGGUGAGAAAUUACUAUUUGAGGAAUAUAGGUGGUGUGGCUUGGUACGAGACAAACGAUGGUCAACGGGCACCGGUUGACAAGAAAUUAGGCGAUCCGCAGUAUAUGCCAGCCAUGCCCGUGAAGCCGUUCGAGCAAAAGCCUCUUUUGGGCCAGGCACCACUUGACUAUUUGCAAGGAAGAAACCAACUGCCUCCAGGACCGGCUCCAUCUUCCGGUCUGUAUGCUCAUCCGCAAUUCCCAAUGGCGUCCUAUUAUUCGAAUGCCAGACCUCCUCCCCCGCCUCCACCUUCAGGCUCAUACGGAGCAGCGUUGCCUCCUCUUCCAACUUCAUCGGGGAUGGUUCCACUCGGAAAACCUCCAAUACUUCCAACUUUCAUGACCUCGGACUCGUCAGGGGGUGCUACUAGUCUUUUGAACUAUCACGAGCCCCAACAAUCAACCUCAUACGACCACCAAGCUCCAGUUAUGAGACCGAACUUCCCGCCACAUCCAAUAGCCCCGUUACCAUCUGCGCCAAGACCUAAUAUCAUACCUCCCAAGAAGACUUCUAUCAUGAGUCUGUUGAAUGAUGACGAUGGGUCCAGUGACUAUAAUAGAAACCCCGGGUUGGCUGGUCUCAUGAAUCCCCAGAUGGCUCAGGAGGAGAAGCCUCAAGCCAACAAUCUAGACGCGCUAGUCGCUGCUGCUGAGCGUGAUGCGUCCCACAACAACAACAACAACAUCAAUUGA